AUGAAUACCAAAAAUGUCACGCGGGAGGAAAAGAAGAAAGAGAAGGAGCUGAACGAGGCCAGGAAGGCCGGCAAAAUUGAAGCCCUGAAGGACGAAGAGGGGAAUGACAUAAACCCCCACAUGCCCCAGUACAUCAUAAAGGCCCCGUGGUAUCUGAACCAGACCACACCAGGACUGAAACACCAACGGUACAAGGGUACGGAAAAAGUGAAAAUAGAAGAGGAGAGAAACAAAAAGGUGUACGUAAAGAACCUGAAGUAUGUCUCUGAUUUUUGUAAAAACUGCGGAAGUGCAACCCACAAGGAGAAGGACUGCCUUGAAAGAACGAGGAAGAGGAAGCUUAACUUUGCCAACAGAGACAACGAUGAAGACUAUGUGUGCUUGACGCAGGACCUGGGCUACGACGGGAAUAGGGACAGGUGGGUGGGUUACAACCCGGACAACUUCGAACACGUGUACAAGGAGUAUGAAAAGAUCGUGGAGGAGAAAAAGAAGAGGAAGGCCGAGGAGCUGAAGAAGAAGUACGAGAGGAAGGCCACCACAGGGAAGAAGCGACGCGGUGAUGGGGCAGAAGCAGGUGAUGGAGGCAACGGCGGCGACGGCAGCGACAGCGAGCAUGAGGAUGAUGACGCGGACUUGGAGGAGGACGCGCCAAAGGCCGCCACCGGGGCAGACGACCCACAAAAAAGCAACGCCAACGAAAAACACAGAAACGUUGCAAGAAAUUUAAGAAUCAGGGAAGACACAGCCAAGUAUCUGUACAACCUAAGUUUGAAUUCAGCUUUUUAUGACCCCAAAAGUAGAAGCAUGAGAGAAGACCCCUUUGCAGGCAUGAGGAAAAAUUUGCCCGACGACAACAAUCAUUACAAAGGAGAAAAUUAUUAUAACAAUACAGAUGAAGCAAUUGAAUCCAAGAAGCUCGAAAUUUUCGCGUGGGACACUUAUAAGAGGGGAGAGAAUGUGCACUUCAAUGCACAGCCUACUCAACUUGAAUUAUUGUAUAAAGAAUUUUUGAAUAAAAAAAAAAAACUCAUUAAAAAAAAAGAGGAAGAUAUUGUAAAAACGUACAAGUGUGAAAAUGUUGUGUCUAAGGAUGGAGCCCUACAGGAGGAACUCACUCAGUCGGAGGUAUACACAGAAUAUAAACCAGUAGAUCAGAUCGACCCCAAAGCGAAAAGGAUUAAAAUCCUGAGUAGGUACGAGGAGGAUAUUCAUCUGUUUGAACAUUCCUCCGUGUUUGGCAGUUACUACGACAGGGAAAAAAAAAAGUGGGGGUACCGGUGCUGCCGCUCGACGAAUAAGUUCGAAAAGUGUUUCUCCUCCUGA